UGCGUCAUUUCCGGCGGCCGUCCUUCACUGAGUUUCUCCUGUAACUCGUGACUGUCAGAGAGAAACAUGGCGUGAGUUUAUUAACCCUCAUAAACACAGAAAACAGCAGCAGCGACAGACAUGUGGAGGAUCCAGAGUUUAGUGGGCAGAGUGUUGAGCCGCUGCCAUGGAAACUCUUCGCUACGAAUCUCGCAGGGACACUCACACACACAUGUGGAGGACGAGCUCAUCAACUCCUCAAUCCUGACUGGAGGACGACACGCUUCUGACAGCAGCAGUUCUCAGAGGGAUCGAGAUGAUCAGAAGAAGCGAGGCUCUGAGUUCUGCUACUCUGGCCUGCCGAGAUACUCCGCUCUGGACGCCGUGGGCUGGGGCGCCGCUGCCGUUCUCUUCAUGCAGCUCUGUCGCAGGAUUCACUCCCGGUUUUCCUCGCGUGCGGAUCAGAACCGGAUCACAGACGUCGGACUCGUACAGAAAUGCUCCUACAAGGUCCUGAUUGACAUCUUGUCCCGGGAGAGUGUGUUGUCCGGUGGAGUGACGGUGAAGUGCCUGCGGGGGGCGCUGCAGUCUCCAGAGCCCAGCGAUGACAUCAGCAGUGACAUCAGCAGUGAUGAGGAUCUGACCUCUGACCUGCAGACCCCUGAGACCGCCAGCCCGUCACACUCCGAGGAAACUCUUUUUCCUGAACCAGUGAAACCACAGGAACGUCUCGCACCCGAUGAAGCGGCGCAGAAGUUGAGGCACGUGGCGGACAGCAGCGUACCCAUAAUCCUCAACAUCAUCGGUCUGGAGAGCGCUAGAGCGGGGGAUUACGAGGCGGCGUUCUCCUGUUUUCUGGCUUCGGCUCAGCACGACUACAGCAAAGCUCAGUUUAACGUGGGAGUGUGUUACGAGAGAGGACGUGGAGUACGGCGAGACCACAGCAAGGCGGUGCUCUACUACAGACGCGCCGCAGUCGCUGGCCACCGCCAGGCUCAGUACCGCUGUGCUAAACUCCUCUUGAACAGCAGAGGGCAGCAGAGCUCAGAGAGCGACUCCGAAGCGGCGCUGAACUUCCUCUACGCAGCGGCAGACGCCGGACUCACGGAGGCUCAGGUGUAUCUGGGUGUCGUGUUGUCUCAGGGUUCGGCGUGGGACGAGAAACAAUCCGUUCAUUAUUUCAGGAUGGCCGCUGAGCAAGGGGACAGCGGUGCUCUGGUGUGUCUGGCUCAGUGUUACGAGAAGGGUUUCGGCGUGUCUCCGUGUGUCCACACCGCAGUCAAGCUGUACCAACAGGCAGAAGCCCGAGGAAACCAGCAGGCCAGAGACGUCCUGAGAGACAAACACAGCAGAGAGGUCUUGCGCUCGAUCCGCUCUGCUCCGUGCUUCUCUGUGAUUGGUCAACUGAAUCUGAACGCCAUCGUUCCUCAAGAGAGCAGUGUUGAGAAGCCCCGCCCACAGCAUCGAUCUGACUGUCAAUCAAAGUCCCUCUCUCAUUCCUGGAGCACUGGAAGUCUGCGCUCGCUGUCGUCGAUCACGCUCCAGAUGCUCGGCGCCGACAGCAAGGCCUGGACGCUGGCAGUGCGAUAACUUCAUGAGGGAUUCAUAUUCA